ACUGUAGGUUAAGUAAGCACUACUUUAGCACGCACAUGACGUAUAGCACCGUCCAUGCAUCUACAAGGCUGCUAUCGCGAACCCUGCGCCGACUUUCAUAUAGACGGCUUUGUUAUCUACAUCGCAGAAGCCUAUGCAAGCCUAGGAUGCCCUAAUGCGAAACUUUGAGGCCUAACCUAAACGUGCAGCAUGGGAUUCUUCCCCGCUGCCGCUCUCAACCUAGGCACAUCAUGUAUUGCCAAAAGUGUCGAGCUCCUCUGAAGCUGGACGGAUCGUUGGCCGACUUGAAUCCCGCUGCUUUCGACCUCUUAGUUGCUUCUACAAACCAACAGCAGCCGAACCGGUCGCACGCCGCUCGACCUUCCUACCCCCACGAGUCCGAACGCCGUGCCCUCUACGACAGAGUGUCCCAGAACUCGGGCCCGCCAACUUUCAAGAAACAGAGUAGUGGCCCUCGCGACAGCUCUGCUAUGUCUUUUGUGCUCUUGACAGAAUCUCAAGUUGCUCCGCCGAGGCUGACCACCCCUCACGAACAACAAAACCCUAAUCAACAGCGCCGCGCGUCAUUUUCGACAGGCCAGCGCUCUGAAGGCAGAACUGCCCAUCCCCAUGAGGCAGAACGUAUAAACAGACUUUUCGAGAUUCUGUCUGCGCGAUCCGAUAUUGACCAUCCAAUAUGUGUCGAGUGCACUGAGAUGCUCGUAGAUAGUCUGCAGAAGAGACUAGAAUCUAGUGCUCGGGAACGAGAUGCCUAUGCUAGCUUCUUAAAGCAGGUUCAGGCCGAUGUCCCUACAGAAGAAGACAUUGACGGAUCGAAACGUCUCCUCGCCGAGGCGAAGAAGGAGGAAGAAGAGUCGAUGAAAGAGUUGCUGAAUCUGGAAAAGGAAAAGGCAGCCUUGGACGAAGAAAUACUAGCCCUUGAAGAGGAGUCUCGGAAACUCGAUAUUGAGGAGGAAAAGUUUUGGCGGGAUCGUAACGCCUUUGCCUCGAAGCUUAUCGACUUCCAAAGCGAAAGGGACAGUAUCAACUCCAAAUUCGACCAUGACGCCCAGCUCCUGACAAAACUCCAACGUGCAAAUGUUUAUAAUGACACCUUCUCUAUACAUCACGACGGCAACUUUGCUACAAUUAACGGCCUUAGGUUAGGGAAGCUGUCGUCCAAACCUGUUGACUGGCCGGAGAUUAAUGCAGCCUGGGGUCAAGCAUUACUGCUUGUCGUUACAGUGGCGGACAAGCUCGGAUACAAGUUCGACGGCUACGAACCCCUACCGAUGGGUUCAACGUCGAAAAUCAUAAAAUACGAACAUAUUUCGCCUUCCUCGAGCCGGGUCGGUGCCCAUAGAAGUGGCCCGCCACCAGCUCCUAAGAAGAGCGUGCUUGAUCUUUAUUGCACGGGAGACCUCCCUCUACAGAUGUUGUGGAAUAGAAGCUUCGACAAGGGCAUGGUGGCUUUCCUGGAACUAGUCAGGCAAUUGGGUGCCUCAGUACACGAGCAGACUAAAGUGACCGGACCUCAUUCAUAUUCUACUACACCUUUAGUGCUGCCGUACAAAAUUGAAGGUGACAAGAUAGGGGAUGACAGGAUUGGACAUUUCAGUAUAAGGUUGGGAAUCACGAAUGAUGAAGGGUGGACCAAGGCAUGCAAGUUUGCCCUGACAUGCUGCAAAUUUCUCAUUGCACAUGCAAGCAACGUGAGCGUUAUGGCAACGCGUGCCAAUGUAUAGACUUUUCCUAAGAGUUAUUAUCUCGCUAGAGCAGGGAUUCGGCGCGUUCUUAUGAUUCUUUCAAGGGGGAUUUCUGGCGUAUUGUAGGCAAUUAGACACGGCGAAAUACUCCCAUUGAUUGCUUUUUUUCUAGCACGGUGUCGGGUGUACAGUCUCGAUUGCUCUCCAUAUUACAUUAAUUUUCUGCACCAAAGAUGACCAAUAUAUGCUGGUAUUAGGCUCUACAUGCAUUAAGC